UUUUCCCAGUCAUUCGGUUUACACCGGACACGCCACACAGAUUAGUUUCAAGAAAUUGUCGUAGGUCUCUAUAGAGACGUUAACAUGAUUUCCUCUUACUUUAUGUUGCUAAUAAUUUUGUUUAUUAUUUUUGUUUACACGGUUGCUCGGACGAAACCGUAUCCAAAGUCCAAGUCAUCGAUCGAUGAUUAUUUCGCGGACAAGGGACGACCUCUACAGCAGACACGAGAAUACGAUGCACAAUUUUGGAUGAACCGGGGCAUGUCUGACCUGGGGCGUCGGCUCAAAGAGCUAGAGAACCCGAUCGUCGGUCGGGCCAAAAACAUAGUGUUCUUCUUAGGCGACGGAAUGUCCAUAGCAACUGUGACCGCAGCCAGGGUGCACAUGGAACAGUCAUCCGGCAGCGCGUUCCCGGACGGUAAUGCAUCGCUGACGUUUGAAAACUUCCCAUACACCGGAUUGGUCAGGACGUAUUGUGUCGACAAACAAGUGGCCGAUUCGGCUUGCUCGUCAACUGCUUACAUGACCGGCGUCAAGGCGAAUUCAGGCACGUUAGGCGUUUCGGGCGCCGUCCGGGAAAACGACUGCAAAGCGUCGUUAGACUCCAAAAACCAAGUUGACUCGAUAUUGCGGUGGGCUCAGGUGGCUGGAAAGUCUACUGGGAUCGUCACUACCACGAGAGUAACGCACGCGUCGCCGGCUGGCGGUUACGCUCACUCGGCUAACAGAGGUUGGGAAAGCAGUGCGCCCGACGAUUGUUUGGACAUAGCUCAACAACUGGUGACUCAAUCUCCCGGAAUUGAGUUGGAUGUAAUCCUUGGUGGGGGUCGACAAGAGUUCCUGCCGAAAAAUAUGAACGGCAAUCGAGAAGACGAUCGAGACCUUAUCGCCGAAUGGAAGGUGCGCAUGAUGAAGAACCACCGAAUAUACGAAUAUGUGAAAAACAAAACGGAACUGUCUGAUGUGAAUCUAAAAGACGUGGAUAAACUGUUGGGCCUGUUCUCCAUGAGCCAUAUGUCUUACACGGGCACCAAGGAAGUGGAGAGAGACGAGCCAUCACUUAGCGAAAUGACUAUGGCAGCUAUCAAAGUGUUGCGGAAGAACGAAAACGGAUAUGUACUAUUCGUCGAGGGCGGCAGAAUAGAUCAUGCGCAUCAUCAGAAUUUGGCACACAUGGCGUUAAGCGAAACGAUUGCUUUUUCUCGGGCUGUGGACGUAGCGGACACAGUCACCGAUCCUGAAGACACGUUGAUCGUGGUUACAUCAGACCAUUCGCACACGAUGACCAUAAACGGAUAUCCAUCCAGAGGUGACAAGAUCGUCGAGCGUGUGGACCGCGGCGGCGAAAGUUACUCAAUUUUAAGUUACGCUAACGGGCCAUCCGCCAAGUUCCACAAGUACCAGAAACAGCCAUCGAAGUACGGUGAUAAAUUCGAUCUUUACCCGUCGUUGGUGCCAAUGUCUCUGGAAACACACGGCGGUGAAGACGUGGCCGUAUGGGCUCGAGGCCCGUGGGCCCAUCUGUUCGUCGGAAGCUUCGAACAGAACGUACUGCCUCUGAUCAUGUCAUACGCGUCAUGCAUAGGUCCCAGCAAAGGAAAGUGCUCAGAUAGAUAAUAAUUUAAUAUUAAUUUUGUAUUAGUUAUUAAAUGCAGUAUUCCGCAUUUUACAAUAGUGAUUAUAUCGUGAUUUUGUGUAAUAUUGCCGUUGCUCGUUACUGUGAUGUUUGUUCAUUUUUGUACAUAUUAUUUUGUGCUCAUUUUAAGAUGACCUUUGUCAUUAAAAUAUUAUUUUACGGUUUAACAUAAUAUAUUAUUUAUUUGUUUUGACCUUGCAAUCAUUGAUCACUUAUACACCACAAAAAGUAAAUUAAUUACUAGCAGUAAUUGACAUUUAUGAUUUAUGACAUUCAUUGAUACAUUAUAAGACUAUAUAUGUAUAUGUGGUUAUUUUGUUAUUAUAACCGUCGUCGUCAUCAACAUAGAUAUUAUGUUAACAUUAGAUAUCAAGAUAUUAAAAAAAAAUAAAGCUGUGGUUUUUUUUCGAUUUGUGAA